UAGAUUGCCACCGUCGUCGUCGUCGAUUGCUUUCCGUCUUCAGAGGGGCUGCAUGCUGUUUCAAAGUUGAGCUCCUUCGUGAGUGAUCAACCCCCACUUCAUCGACCACUUCGCGUGUGUUUGAAAUUCGACGAGUGCGCGCGCGAGAGAGAGAGAGUGAGUUUCCCACGCGGGGGGAGAGUGAGUGACUUGUACGCGGGGGACCCCCCAGAGGAGGCACUCGCGUGGUCCCGCCACGGCAAAACGCGUACGCCUAUAUAUAAAUAGUUGAUGGUCUGGUCGGAAAGAUUUUAGUGCGCUGUUGGACAUUCGAGCCCGUCUCCGGCUCCCUGAACCGUGUCUGUGUGGAGAAUUCUAGUUUUUUUGUUGCUGAUUUGACUGGCCCCCGCUAGGUGGCUGGUGGGCGCGCGUAGAAAGGAGAUCCUGUGCGGCGGCGCGCAGCGGUGGUAGAGGAGAGCGAGCGAGCCCUACGGAAAGGGAGAGAGCGAAAGGUGUGGGGGUUGAACAGCACACGCAAUUCGUGCGGUGUGAAGUUCGAGCGAUCAGUUCAGUGCGAAGAGUGGCACAGUGCAGUUGUGCAAGCCUUGAAAUGGCGAGAGUGAUAAAGUUGCUCGCAGUUCUGUGCUUAGUGGUGGCAAUCGCUGAAGCCGAUUUCCGUGUCAAGCGUCAGGAUGAGGAUGCCGACCAGGAGGACAACAUCGACGAGCUGUGCAAGGACCGGCCAGCCGACGAAUACUUCCGUCUGAGCACCGAUGGCGAUUGCCGUGAAGUCGUGAGGUGUACCCGUUCCGGACUGAAGCAAAUUACUUGCCCGUCCGGUCUAGCGUUCGACAUUGAAAAGCAAACUUGCGAUUGGAAAGCAAAGGUCACCACGUGUGACAAGAAGGAAAAGCCAAGAAAGGUUCUUCCCAUCCUGAAGACCGAUGAGCCAAUCUGUCCGGAGGGUAAGCUCUCUUGCGGUAAUGGCGAAUGCGUUGACAAGGAAUUGUUCUGUAACGGCAAGCCCGAUUGCAAGGAUGAGUCCGACGAGAACGCGUGUACCGUUGAGCUUGACCCGAACCGUGCUCCCGACUGUGACACCACUCAGUGCGUCCUGCCGGAUUGUUUCUGUUCCGCUGACGGUACCCGUAUUCCUGGAAACAUCGAACCUCAGCAGGUGCCUCAGAUGAUCACCAUCACCUUUAACGGUGCCAUCAACGUCGACAACAUUGACCUGUACGAGGACAUCUUCAACGGUCAACGGCAGAACCCGAACGGUUGCCAGAUCCGUGGUACCUACUUCGUGUCGCACAAAUACACCAACUACUCGGCUGUGCAGGACUUGCACCGCAAGGGCCAUGAAAUUUCGGUCUUCUCGCUGACACACAAGGACGAUCCUAACUACUGGACCCAGGGAACAUACGACGAUUGGCUGGCUGAAAUGGCCGGAGCUCGUCUGAUCAUCGAACGUUUUGCCAACAUCACUGACGGCUCCAUCAUUGGUGUCCGUGCCCCGUAUCUGCGCGUAGGUGGUAACAAACAAUUCGAAAUGAUGGCCGACCAAUUCUUCGUGUAUGAUGCCUCGAUCACUGCUUCUCUCGGACGUGUCCCAAUUUGGCCAUACACUCUGUACUUCCGUAUGCCACACAAGUGCAACGGUAACGCUCACAACUGUCCAUCCCGUAGUCACCCUGUCUGGGAAAUGGUCAUGAACGAACUCGAUCGUCGUGACGAUCCAACCUUCGACGAAUCGCUUCCAGGUUGUCACAUGGUUGACUCCUGUUCCAACAUCCAGUCCGGUGAACAGUUCGGUCGCCUUCUGCGUCACAACUUCAACCGCCACUACAAUACCAACCGUGCUCCUCUGGGUCUGCACUUCCACGCCUCAUGGCUCAAGUCCAAGAAAGAAUACCGUGAAGAACUGAUCAAGUUCAUCGAAGAAAUGCUCGGUCGCAACGAUGUCUUCUUCGUCACCAUGCUCCAAGUCAUUCAAUGGAUGCAGAACCCAACCGAGCUGAACGCUCUGCGAGACUUCCAGGAGUGGAAGGAAAAGUGUGACGUGAAGGGACAACCCUACUGUUCCCUCCCGAAUGCCUGUCCGCUGACCACCCGUGAACUGCCCGGUGAGACCCUCCGUCUCUUCACUUGCAUGGAGUGCCCCAACAACUACCCAUGGAUCUUGGACCCAACUGGAGAUGGCUUCUCUACCAAGUAAGCAAGUCUCCCGAGGGGAAACUCCAUCCACCGAAAGUCUGAUUUAGUUGCGUGAAGAGAACACUACGAACGUAAGAAAGAAUCUCCGUUGAUUCCCCCUCAACUACCCAAAUACUUCCCCUAUCCUCAACGGAGUAUAGACAUCUGUUGUAAAUAAUUAUAAUUUCUUACAUUCUCCUAAACCUCCAGCAGAAAUCCCAUCCUUACAUUCCUUCCCUGAAAUCCCCGCAUCCUCAAAGAAAAAUCCGAACCACCAUUUUCCUAUUCUCGGAGAAUGAUCGGAAUAUGAUAAUUAAUUCAACGAAAAAAAAAACAUUAAAGAUUGAACGUGAUAAUUUUAUUUAAAACAAAAAUACUCUUUCCAACCACUACCAUCCUUGAAAACGAAAAGACAAACGGCACCGAGCCGGAGUGAAAGAGAUUUUAUGGCGCGAGAAAGAAAAUGGUGGCCACACCACCCAUUCAAGUAUAGUGUCGCGAUUUUGCUGCGGACAGCCCGGGUGUGUGCGUCACAAAUCAGGUGUUUUUUGUCAGUUAAGAGUACUCGUUUUUUAUUGAAUGAACAAAAAACUAUAUUUUAAACUAUUUUUCCUAACUUAAAUUGAGUAAAAAGGAUUGUGCCGCAGCCGCAAGGUGGCCAGAAAAUUGAAAGCCGGAUUUGACGUGACUGUUGUUAUCCCCAUUUGAUUGGGAAGUGUGUGCUUGCGGCUGGUAGUUUAGAAUGAUAAAAAUGAAAAUACAAACAAAAAAGAUAUGAAAAUAAAUUUCCACAAAAAUAUAA